UAAAACCAGUUUCAUGUGUACUGUUACAAAUAAACACGAUUUAUUUCUUGCCGGUUGAUUUUGAUCUGUAAAUAAGUGGCGCAAGUGUUAGGUGGGGGGCGGGGCGUUAGACUCCGAAGCCACGCCCUCUCCCUCAGCCUCCACUCACUGUACGAGUGUCUGCUUUUAAACGAGUUAAACGUCAAUGCAUCUCUCACCUGCGGCUCGCGGUGCUUUAGUGACUGCAGGGGAAAUAGCAUGCCACUGCUAAUAUAUUCGGGUUUUCUACUAAAGGGAAGGCGUUAAAAUAACAAGAGGAAAUAAAGAUGUCCCGACACAUGAGUGCCUAGAAAACGAAAAGAAAGAAAGAAAGAGAGAGAGAGAGAAGACCUGUCAAGAUUUUCCCAUGGGACGGAGCGGCAGAACAUCAGAGGCAUGGCAGUGUUCAGAAAGAGGCCUCCCCCAGAAGAGGAAAGGAGGGUCCGAGCCAACGACAGGGAGUACAACGAGAAGUUUCAGUAUGCAAAAAAUUGCAUCAUGACCUCAAAAUACAACAUCAUUACCUUCUUGGCAGUCAACCUCUUUGAGCAGUUCCAGGAAGUUGCCAACACCUACUUCCUGUUUCUUCUCAUUCUCCAGUUGAUUCCUCAGAUCUCCUCUUUGUCCUGGUUCACCACAAUAGUGCCUUUAGUACUGGUGCUGAGCAUCACUGCAGUUAAAGAUGCCACCGAUGAUUAUUUUCGUCACAAGAGCGAUAACCAGGUGAAUAACCGCCACUCUCAGGUGCUGAUCAAUGGCAUUCUUCAGAAGGAGAAGUGGAUGAAUGUGACAGUGGGGGACAUCAUCAAACUAGAGAACAACCAGUUUGUUGCGGCUGACCUGCUCCUGUUGUCUAGCAGUGAACCGCAUGGUUUGUGUUACAUUGAGACUGCAGAACUAGAUGGUGAGACGAACAUGAAAGUGCGGCAGUCUCUGUCUGUUACCUCAGAGCUAGGAGAUCCUACCAAACUUGCACGAUUUGAUGGAGAGGUGGUGUGUGAGCCUCCUAAUAAUAAGCUGGAUCGGUUCUGUGGGACUCUGCACUGGAAAGAGUGUAAGUACGCUCUGACCAAUCAGAACAUGCUGCUGAGAGGCUGUGUACUACGCAACACGGAGAGCUGCUACGGUCUUGUCAUAUUCGCAGGUCCAGACACCAAGCUGAUGCAGAACAGCGGACGCACAAAGUUCAAAAGGACGAGCAUAGACCGGCUGAUGAACACACUGGUUCUGUGGAUUUUUGGUUUCCUGGUGUGUAUGGGGGUAAUAUUGGCCAUUGGAAAUGCUGUGUGGGAGAGAGAGGUGGGGUCACUCUUUCAGAGCUAUCUCCCAUGGGACCCUCCUGUUGACAACUUCCUCUUCUCUGCCUUCCUCUCCUUCUGGUCCUAUGUCAUCAUUCUCAACACUGUGGUGCCAAUCUCCCUGUAUGUAAGUGUUGAAGUGAUUCGGUUGGGUCACAGUUACUUCAUUAACUGGGACCGGCGGAUGUUCUGCAGUCGUAGUAACACAGCAGCUGAGGCUCGGAGUACGACGCUGAAUGAGGAGCUGGGUCAGGUGGAGUAUGUUUUCAGCGACAAGACUGGAACCCUCACUCGGAACAUCAUGACCUUCAACAAGUGCUCCAUCAACGGAAAUACUUAUGGUGAGGUAGUAGACAUUCCAGGAGCUCAGCGUAAAAGGGCUCAGCCUCUGGAUUUCAGCACGUGGAACUCGCUGGCUGAUCAGGACUUUCGGUUCUAUGACUCCUCUCUGCUGGAAGCUGUGAAGGUUGGGGAGCCGACAGUGCACGAGUUCUUCCGUCUGCUGUCUCUCUGUCACACGGUCAUGAGUGAGGAGAAAAGUGAAGGAGAGCUGGUGUAUAAGGCUCAGUCCCCUGACGAGGGCGCGUUGGUGACAGCAGCACGCAAUUUUGGCUUUGUGUUCCGUUCACGUACUCCUGGUACAAUCACUACGCAGGAACUGGGCAAAGCCGUCACAUACACACUCCUUGCCAUCCUGGACUUCAACAACAUCCGCAAGAGGAUGUCAGUCAUAGUAAGGACUCCUGAGGGCCAUAUUCGUCUGUACUGUAAGGGGGCAGAUACAGUGUUGUUUGAGAGACUUCACCCUUCCAACCAUGAGCUGAUGAACAUAACCUCGGACCACCUCAAUGAGUAUGCAUGUGAUGGGUUACGGACACUGGUGCUGGCCUAUAAGGAUCUGUCUGAGGAGCAGUGGGAGUACUGGGAAGAGCGUUACCGUGGUGCAGACAAAGCUACAGACUGCAGAGAAGAUCGGCUGGCUGACACUUAUGAGGAGAUUGAACAGGACAUGAUGCUUUUGGGAGCCACAGCUAUAGAGGAUAAGCUGCAGGAGGGUGUGGCUGAGACCAUUGCUAUCUUGUCACUGGCUAACAUUAAAAUCUGGGUGUUAACUGGAGACAAGCAGGAGACAGCGGUGAAUAUUGGCUACUCAUGUAAAAUGUUGACUGAGGACAUGACAGAGAUCUUCAUUGUUAACGGGCACACUGUCCAAAGUGUUCGUGCCGACCUUAGGAAAGCAAGGGAGCGCAUGAUGGAGUCUGCCCGCACAAGAGAUGGUGGGAAGGAGGCAGAGACUCAAGAACUAGGUAAUGGAUUUGAGAGAGAUGCAGCUAAGCAGACGCCUAAUCUGGAGAAAGGUGCCCAACCCCAGUCCCUUCCUACCUUAGUGCUGGAGUCUAUCAGUGGAGAGUUUGCACUUGUUAUCAGUGGACACAGCCUGGCUCAUGCACUGGAGUCAGACAUGGAGCAAGAAUUCCUGGAGACAGCAUGUGCAUGUAAGGCAGUGAUCUGCUGCAGGGUCACACCGCUACAGAAAGCUUUGGUGGUUGAGCUGAUCAAGCGGCACAAGAAAGCCGUCACUCUCGCCAUCGGAGAUGGAGCCAAUGACGUCAGUAUGAUCAAGACGGCUCAUAUAGGCGUGGGAAUUAGCGGACAGGAGGGCAUCCAAGCAGUGCUGGCGUCUGACUACUCCUUCUCCCAGUUCCGCUUCCUGCAGCGCCUACUACUGGUACACGGCCGCUGGUCCUACCUGCGCAUGUGCCGCUUCCUCUGCUACUUCUUUUACAAGAACUUUGCAUUCACCAUGGUGCACUUCUGGUUCGGCUUCUUCUGCGGCUUCUCUGCCCAGACAGUAUAUGACCAGUACUUCAUCACUCUCUAUAACAUUGUGUACACAUCAUUGCCUGUUUUGGCCAUGGGCAUCUUUGAUCAGGAUGUCCCUGAGCAGCGUAGUCUGGAGUGCCCGAAACUGUAUGAGCCAGGUCAACUAAACCUGCUCUUUAACAAGCGUGAAUUCUUCAUUUGCAUUACUCAAGGUAUCUACACCUCUGUGGUGCUGUUCUUUGUGCCGUAUGGAGUUCUUUCACGGGCCACACAGAGCAACGGUGUUCCGCUCGCCGAUUAUCAGACCUUCACUGUCACCACCGCCACGGCCCUCGUCAUUGUCGUCAGCGUCCAGAUCUCUCUGGACACAGGAUACUGGACAGCUAUUAACCAUUUCUUUGUGUGGGGUUCUCUGGGGGCUUACUUCACUAUCCUCUUCACCAUGCACUCCAGCGUCCUGUUUAACUUCUUCCCAAAGCAGUUUCACUUCCUGGGAAGUGCACAGAACACAUUAGCACAACCAGUGGUGUGGUUGACUAUUGCUUUAGCUACUGUCAUUUGCAUUGUCCCCGUGGUCGCCUUUCGCUUCCUCAAACUAAAUCUUAAACCCCAGCUGUCAGAUACUGUGCGCUACACUCAGCUUGUACGUCAGAAGAAGUGGAAGCCCGGCGGGCGUGCCGGGUCUGGUGCAGGUGGAAUGGGUGCCACCGGGGGUGGAGCUCUUGGGCGUUCAUGUCAUGGUGGUUCCCGUCGCUCGGGUUAUGCAUUCGCACAUCAAGAGGGCUUCGGAGAGCUGAUCACAUCUGGCAAAAAUAUGCGCCUGAGCUCCAUCGCUCUUGCUACAUUCGCCUCACGGCAUAACACCAGCUGGAUAGAUACACUCCGCAAGAAAAAACAGACAGCGGCCUCCGUGGCUCAGAACAUACCGUCCAGCUCACAGGCGCUACCCCUCUCCACAUCUUCCUCUCUGAUUGGCCCAGAGGAAACAUGUCCAGAGAGCAUAGGAAAAACAAAUGUGAACACUGUCCCCAGCAACAGUGUUAAUGAUGUCCAGUUAAGCAUGACAAAUAUUGCACAAGUGGAGAUAGAAGCUACAGUCUUGUAGUGCAGGAAACGCUGAUUGGCUGGUGGGGGAGAGUAGCAUGGCACAGUGGAGCCAGCAGUCUUUCUCAACAUCAUUUUACAGAGGAAACGUCCAUUGGCAAGUGAGAGAUGUAGACAUACUGAGCGUGAACUCCUCUGUUUGUCCUCGAAUGUUUACACUUAUCUUACACCUGACCGAAAACAAGGCCUAUGAUGCGAAGAACUCAUUUAUAAUUUGGCAAAGACAGUCUUAAGCAAAAGACAUAUAAGUGCAGAUACAGCAAAAGCACUGAACAUGGUAUACUUCACAAACACAUACCAUUUCAAAUAGAAGGACACAUACUGUACUUCUCCAUCUAUGUCUCUGUUGCGCUGUGUGUACAUUUCUCUGCACAACCUUUUAAUUUGAGCAAAAAGUGUUCAAUUCUAAGAGCGGAAAAUAGAAAUGAAAUGUCAUUGUGCAGGUUAACAGUCCCGGGUUCAGAUACUUAUAACGUAACGGGAAUUGCUCUUACACAUCAUUCACCGUGGUUGAGUUUUUGAAAGGCUGGUUUCAGUUAAAAACAGUUUUAAAGCAGAUGAGACAUCAGAAAUGACAUGACAUCAAGUAUUUUACCUGCAUCGAAAUACUAUAUGGCUUUACUCAGCCAUUACUAUCGCUGAGGGUUAUAUCUAUUUCCUUACAACUUUAUAGCAAAUAUCUAGCAGUGAAAUUGAAACGUGAGCGGUUACCUGAUACGGACGUUUAGACGUUGCAGUGUCUGAGGUAAAUGCAGUUGUGUUAUACGCUGGGUAGUUGCCUUGAUUGAAUAUUAGACAAUACUACUAGACAAUGCAAUGAUCGCUAAAUCACCUAUAUGAAAAUUGCCUUGUCUAGUAGUAUAAACAUAGACAGUUGCACCAAAACUAUCUUAGAUAUCCAAGUUAUGAUUAUUGAUCCUCAUUUGGAAAUGUUGGAAAUGUCUUUAUCUUUCUUUUUUUCAUCAUUGCAAAGAGGUUAUGUAUGAUAACACAAACAUAAUGUAGAAUUUCCAUACUUCCUUAGUCCUC